AUUCUAUUCGUGCCUUUAUUAAUACGUGUUGGUCUUUAUAAGUAUAAACAUAAGCUUCGAAGGUAGGAUGAAAUAAGCUUUGUACAAAUUAAUAAUUUUUUCGAAUAUCUAACAAUGCAAUAUAAAUAUUAAACUUCAAUAAAAGAAGUACUGUGUGAAUACAUUAUGAAGAUAAUUUUGGUUUGGUAAAAGAUAUUAAACAAUAUGGACCAAUCCUACAAUGCGUACUCUUCUUGGUUAUGUCGAUCGCAAACAGAGAAUAAAUCGCAAAGAGAUUUGACGUGGCCUCAGCUUAGCUUUGAAAAUCAAAUGAAACAUACUGCACAGAAAAAUGAACAACAUUGCAGAUAUCGUAGUGAUGCGAGUAUAUCAACAGAGAUAUUUACUCAAGUAAGUUUAAAUGAGUCAGAAUAUCCUGAACUUGGUCAGAAAAAUGUAAAGAUUAAGAGUUUGCCAGAUCUUUUUGUUUCUCAUCAUGAAUCUGUUAUCACAGAAACUGUGAUACCCUAUGUUACAAAAAAAGCAAAACAUCAAAAAUUGUUAGGAUUACAUAAGCAUAGAAGAUCGGAGAAGUUAUUUCUUGACUUAAGUAAAGCUUUGGAAAAUGCAGAAUGUUUCAUAAAUAGGAAUAGAAAAAAAUCUAGAAAACUAAAGUUCGACGUUUACAAAAUAAAUUCAAGUGGAACUAACACAAAUAAAUCAAAUGAAAAGGGUUUCCAAAUAAGAAAAAAUAAAUUGUACAAUAUAAAAUUUAAAAAACCAUCAAGAUUAAAGAGAACGAUUAUACUAGAACGCUGGAAUAAUAUGAAAAUGAAAUAUCAAGAUGAGAUCAACACCAGAAAGAUAAAAGAAAACGUUAUAAAUGUGAAUAGUAUUAAUUUGAAUACCUUAAAGAUUAAAUCAGAUCCGGAAGUGGAUGUAGAUUAUGUAAAACUUAUGUCAACAUUGACAGUUUAUGAUAGAGAUUACAGAAACACUAUAGUGGAAAACAUUUCUGAAGAUUCUGUACAAUUUCGGCCGGACUUAACUCAGAAAUUAGAUGAGUUAAAGAUUUCGGAUGUGAAAGAUAAGAAUAUUUCCACUGCUCCUUAUAAAAAUGCGUUUAACAAUACUAAUGAUUUAAACGUUUUGCAACGUAAUUUGUCUCUUACCGACGAGGAUAAUGUAGAUAUUAAACCAAAUAUUAAUAAUUUAUUAGAUGUAAAAUAUUCCAAAAAUUUUAGAGAAUAUUGUAAUAAUUUAGUAACUUUCUCUCUUAACGAAUCCUUGGAAAAAUUUUUGUCUGAAAUUCGAAGGCUUCAAACAAAACUUUACAAUAGAGAUCAAAAUAAGGGCAAGUAUAAACGUCGUUAUUACUCGGGCUUAAAAGAGGUUCAAAAACACGUUCUAUUAAAAAAAGUGCAAUUUGUUGUGAUAGCACCGGAUAUUGAAAAGAUUUUAUCUGCAGGUGGUUUGAACGAAGAAAUUGACAAAUUAUUGGAAAAUUGCAAAACGCAUGAGACAGUUUUUUGCUUUGGUCUCCGUAGGCGGAAGCUAGGAUAUUAUGCUCAUGGUAAUGGACUCGUAAGUUGUAUAGGCAUAUCUAAUUAUGCUAAUGCCGAGCAAUUCUUUUGGAACGUUCUCGUCGAGAUAAUAAUUGCACGGAAUAUGUUUGAAGAAUUGCGAGGAAGAUCGGAGAAAAUAAUUGACAUAUCGAAAAUAAUUCAGAAAAAUGGUCUCUUAACAGAGAACAUUGGAGUUCUGCUCAAGAGUUUAGCGUCAAUUAAAUAAAUAAUUCUCAGGAUAGAGAAGUAUUCAUAAGAUAAAACAGUUCAGUAGCGAACUGUAUCUAUGUAACCUUGAGGCGAUGAACAUCUAGGACAUGUCCCGAUUCAACUCAAAUAUGAAAAAGAGGAUGUUGGAUUUGAUAAAUGAAGUUUACAACUGUAACAGUAGACGUGGGAUUACUUGAAGUUAUUUUUUAUAUAAUAUAUCGAUAAUAAAUUCAUAGUGACGAAAAUCUAUAAAGUUUUCCCACUUUAACAUUUGUCAGCUAAAAGAAAUGUAGCCACGUAAUAUCUUUGGAUAGUCGGAUUAAAUAAUAUAUUUGGAAGUCAUGCUUUGAAAUCUCUUAAAACUCUUUUAAAGUCUUUAAUAAGAAUAGAAAUGUGUAAUAUUUCGAUAUAAUUUAAUGUCUCUACGAUUUUUGUCAAGUUAAGUAAAAAAUUACUAUGGGUUUCGAUUUUAUCAAAAAAUUUAUUGGAUUUGUACUUUUUUAUUAUAUUUCUAGAUACUUAAAUUAGACGUAUUUUAUACUUUUUAAAAUGCGUAUAAUUUCUUAUACAUUUUAAAUGCAUCGCUUUCUACAUACUUACGCGAUUCAAGUUUUUUCUUUAAAGUAAUAUUUUAGAAAGAGUUUUCAUGAGAUUGAGCCAAUUAAGAUGAAUAUCAUCGGAUUGUUUUGUUCAAGUUGAAAGAAGGUCGAAGACGUUAUUCGAGUAUUUUCAGUCUUUCGAAAUUUUGCUUCUACGAAACUUGAUGUGUCACAAAAAGAUUUUAAGAAUUCGAGAGAAACGGUGAACGUAGCAAUGGCUUCGAGCAUAUACCAAACAAAAUCUCAGUAUACUUUUUUUUCAUCAUUGAUAUCAAGGCGAUAGGCUAAAUGGGAUAACGAGCAAGAUAUGUAUCUAUACUUUCACCUCAUUAUAUAUUUUCUUCAAAUUUUUGCAUAGAAAUUCAUGAAAGAAUUAUCAAAGGAUUAUAAAUGGUAUUCCAUUUAUUCGCAAUACUAUUGAAUAUUUACGUACCUUCGAUACCGAUAGAUAUACUCAGAAUAUAUACAGACUCGAUCUUUCUUUUCAGUUCCUUGAAUCGAAUAACAUAAUCGUAAUAUUUAUUAUAGUAUAUAUGCUUAGGAUAAGAUCUUAAUUUUCAAAGGCGACAGAACAAAGAAUAACCUUCAAAAUUAAGAGAAGGAUACGUAUUAGAUUGGACCCAUUGCUACUAUGAAACACAUAGUAUCAAGAUAGUCGUACCAACAUAAACGCAUACAUGCAAGUUGUAUCGUUGGGAUGCAGCAACGAUGGAAAAAGAGAGGAGAGAAGAAAACGAAGAAGGCGAGGCUCGAAUGGAAGCUGGAACGGAGCCUUCGUUCUUGCUAGAAAGGAGAGGCAAACGCUGGGACCAAUGAGGGACUAGAGAAGUCAGAGGAGGGUCUCAAGCGGGACCGUGAGCUCUCUGUGCGCUUAUACGUGUGUGCGUCUGUUGAUGCAAGUGCGGUGAUUGUACGACCGGUGCUAACUUGCGGAGUCAGUCAGUCAGUCAGUCAGUCGGCUCGGCACCGGCCGCGAUGCACCAUCAGUAGAAUAUAUACGCGGAUUUUCUUCUUAUUUGCUUUAUUUUCUUUUCAUUUCUACCACGUAGCAUAUAUUUUUUUAUUUGCAUCGUCUUUUGUACCCUUUAUCUUCGUUUUUCUUGGCGCCAUUUAUCUCAUUGAGUGUAAUCUCAUUCUUUUUUGCUUUUUAUUGAAUUUAUCGAGAGUGACCUUGCAAAGGAAUUUAUCGAGAGUUUGGGAACUUUAGUACCUACUGUGGUUUCUUUGGAUUCGUCGAAGGUAAAAUAUAUUUAUUAUUUUUCAAGGAUAAACGUAUUGUUUUGCGGCACAGUAAUCUUUUUGUAUUAUCUCAAUAUUUUUAUUUAGCCUAAAAAAGAUUCCUAGUAAGACUUUUUUGACCAUUAGAACAUUAUUAAGCAUUACAAAUAAUAUACAAAUUAACAAAUCUUAUUUAAUAGGUCGAAAAAAAAUACUUUGAAGGUGCCAAUAAUUCAAUAUUAAUCAAGGCUUUAUUUAAAAUAUUAAAAAGAUUUUUCUUGUAACAUUUGUAAGAUUAAGAAAGAGUAAAGUGUAAUGUAAAAAAAAAAAAUAAUUAAUUUUAUAUAUUUUAUCUACAAAAGUAUUAGAUUAAUUUAUGCUAGAAUAAUUUGACUGUCAACGUCUUAGCAAAGAGUUUAUUGGAAACAAAGUAUUUCAUUGUAACAAAAUUACAUUUUAGACUGAAAUAGGAUCGUAGGAUAAUAAGACAGAUAAAUAAAAUGUACUUCGUGAUGUUGAUGAAAUAGCUAAAGCUGAUCAAAAGUUUAGCUUUACGUGUGUAAUCCUUCGUUAAAUUAGUUUUGCGAAGUAGCACACACUCGGUAAGUUUGUAAAGGAUUCUAAUCUCGUAAGAGAUUACCUUACUCGCGCGAUUUUCGAUGCAACGAAAGAACGAUAUAUGUAACAGGAGUACGAAUCUUCGUAUCCUCAAUUUCAAAACCCUAAAUGAUCUUAUGCUUCCGGUUCGAAUGGUACGCAAGGAGAUCGUUCAGUCAUUUCGAAUUGUGACUAUCGCGCAUGCUCGUGUGUUCGAUAACGAUUUCGGAUGCCGUUAGGCGUCAAUGAUCGACGAAUCGAUGACCGUCCGACGUAUAUAACAGAAACGUCGUUAAGUUUGACGUCGAAGCAAUUCGAAGAAAGAGAAAGAAAGAACGAAGAAAAAAGAGGCAGAAACUCGAUUGAAAUUAAAACGUUAUUAAUUUUGAGAAAAAAUUGUUGUCUAUGAAAAAAAUUGUUUCGCCAGUGUAUGAAGUUAAUGAGUCAGCUACAUUGAGCGUUAUAUCAAUGUAGGAUGAAACGCUAAUUUUUCGAAAUGACGUGAACUGUUAACAAGCGGUUUGCUUAAUUAAUAAAUAAUGUGUGGAUGGAGCAAGGAAUCAUACGAAAGGAAUGAUUUUGAAAGAAAUCAUUUUUAGUUCUUGGAUGUAUUGUUGAAAAUAUUAUUUCAUAGAAAAAGAAGGAAUGUUUAAAUAGCGUCUCUUGAAAUACCACAAGUCGCAUCCUUUUCCGUUUCCGUCAUGAAAUUCGAACGCGAUUCCGUGGUAAACAAAGAUAGAAAGAUAAGAAACGAUUCGUUGUUCGUUCGUUGAAAUCCCGCCAGGAUUUUACUGAUAAAUCUUUGUAUAUACCGCGAAGUGGGCGGUUAUGUGACACACAAAAAGGUUUCGAUGAGAUAGAAAAUUAUCGCGAUUAAACAAGAAGCAAUAAGAAGACUAGAAAGAAAAGGAAUGUGAGGAAGAAAAACGUUUGGAGUCUCUUCGAUGUCUCGGCUUAUCGGUCAAGGAACUCAGGGCCCAAUCAAUACUCGUCCGUUUUAUCUUCCUUUUCUUCUCUAGUUUCCUCAAGCGUGCAUAAUAAAUGUGAGCGAUAGAAAGACUCGUUUCUCUUCGUUGCACAUCGUCGAAAGAUCGUCAUUCUUUUCUUUCUCAUUCAUACACAGAAAUCGAAUUUGGUAAGCUAGUAACAGCCAAUCGGGAAUUCUCAAAUUUCAAUAAUCAAUUGUCAUUUAAAUUCAAGAAAAAAUGAAAAAUGUAACGUUAUCCAAAACAAAAAAUUUUCCCUUUAAAGAAGGCAUUUACUUAAAUGUAACUGCUUUGUCCCUUGAAUAUGACAUUUCUUUAAAUACCGAACGAUUUUUUAAUCUUCUUAUGAUGUAAAAUACUUCUUAGGCAAUUAUUAUAUUCGUUAGAAUUGCGAAAUAUCAUUUGGAUUAAAAAGACUUAUGGUGUGUAUCAAUUGUUUAAUGGCUGUCAUUUUUUUUGUAGAUUUACACAGAAGAAAUUGAAUAUAAAGGGGAAAAAUGUAUCGCGAGAAAAAUGCUUAAUAUGCAUGGACGAAAGAAAGAAAGAGAGAAAGAGAAUGUGUAUGUGUGUGUGUGAGAGAGAGAGAGAAAGAAUCAUUAUAAAAAUGAAAUUAUCAGAGACAGAAUAUCUUUAUUGUCUCAUUGAUGUCAUUUAGAUAUUAAUUCGCAAUUGCUUACAAUAAUAGUUUUGUUAAAGAUUUUCCCCUUUCCAUAUAGUGGAGAAAAGUAGAAAUGACCCUCUUAAUUGGCCAAGGCUACUUACGAGAUCCAACACCGAGUCUCGACUCGUUUUCUCGAGUGCGUCGCUCUUCUUGUGUAUAUAUAUAUAAAUAUAUAAAGAACGAUCCUCGCGGUCUUUUGCUUUGUCGGUCCGCUUGAAAAUCGAGAUUCUUUCAAGUAGACGUAGGACAGUCGUUAGCAGUCACGUUGUAUGAUAAGUCUGUUAGAUCUUUAACGAUACAGGAAGUAUGUGUAAGAAAUGCAUAUUACAACGUGACCUGCAUAUAUGUAUUUAUUAAUUGAAAGAAAAAUAUUUCGUGUAGUACAUAUUUCUGUUUUGCAAUUCCUACGAAGUUAUUGAACGUUGCUACGAUUUAUUUUUACGAUAACUUUAUCGGUAUUUUUUGGUAAAAGUUUUUCAAAGGCAUAUCAAUGACCAUUUAUUUAAUAGUACUAUUAUAGUAUAACAAGUUUAAUCAUUAAAGGCAGACGCAUCCUAUCGUAACAUUUUCUAUUAACAGAUAAUUUUUAAAAAAGCGCAUGCCAAGAAUAAAAUGUUUAAACAUGUUCGGCGUGAAAAACGAGACUAACGUUCCGUGAACGCUAUGGAAGAGUUAUAGAAUCGGAUAAUUAAUCUAAUUCAUGAGUAACGAAUCGAUUGGUCCCAAUUAAAAUGCGGAGGCUUAUUUUUUAAUUUACACAUGAUUGACUUACCUUGGAUAUUUUAAUCUGUUAAUCGGAAAAGACAAAUUAAUUCGUUUUGAUGAUUUAACUUUUUUUCUAAUAAAAGAAAUGAAUCAUUUAUUUCUCAUUUCUAUUGAAAAAGUCUUAUACUUCUCGAAUUUUCUUCUUACGAUACAUUAGUUUAUUCAAAGAUUUCUAUCUUCAUAUGUACCAUUUUAUUGUUAAUCGAAAUAAAUUUCAUAUAUCCAUGUUCACCGAUGUAAAACCUUAUCGAUUUUACAAGAUAAAUAAUCUCAACCAUUUUGUUGUGUCACUGGGUGAAAUGCGAGAAUAUGAUGAUUUCCAUCGAUGAGCAAUAAAUGAUGUGUUAACGAGUAUAUUUUUCUUUCGUAAUAUGAGAACAAAUCAUUCGUGAGGUCGUCUCUUUGCUGAACCUAUUUACAUCUGGCGUGCAGCGGUCUCGUAUAGGCGAGACUUUAAAAUCGAAUAGUCGUUCGAAUUUUGAGUAUAUUUUAUUUCUAUCUCUAAAGAAUUGCUUUAUUUUUCUGUUAUAAUAACAUAAAUAUGUAUAUUAUGCGCAUGUAUGAUCGAUAACUUUGACAUAGUGUUUCGCAUUACGCAUUCAUUCCUCUGAUAAGUUUCUCGGAUGCAUUAGCGAGAUCGUGUUAAUUACAAUUGUGACUCAUCUCUCUGUUUUGCACGUUUCUAUCGAGGUCUUCCAAAGAAUUCCUUUUUUGUCGUUUUCUCUUUUAAAGUCAAUGGCUCGUUGCAGUCAUUGAUGUUCUCUCAUUCAAAACUCUAUUUUCGAUAAUAUAAAUAAUAAUUUUCAGAGAGAGAAAGAGAAGGAGAGAGGGAGGGAAAGGGAGAGAGAGAGAGAGAGAGGGAGAGAGGGAGAGGGAAAGAGAGAGGGAGAGAAAGGGAGGGAGAGAGUGCUAUAUUCGCAUCGUUGGCUUUUCGCAAAACCGUAGAGUUAACGGGAAUACAUUUGAGUGGACGCAUCCAAGUAGGUAAACGCUAGCAGUUAAGAGCACACACAAUUACGUAUAGUGGCCUUAGCGCCCUUAGCCUGGCCUCAAUGUGACGUAUAAAGAAUGAAACGGAAGAAAAAAAAGAGGAAAAAAACGAUGAUUCCACUUGGCAUGACGCUUUAAAGAGCCGCUCUGGUAAUUAAGCUCGCAAGCUCCUUUUCGAGUGCUCUUGGAUGGUAUACGAUCGCUUUGUUUCAAUUGGAAACACAUCGAAUUAUUCUCCACUUUACUACGUGUUUCCACAUAUGCCACGCCUUCUUUACUUCCAUCUCGCAUGUGAGAUAGACUAGAAUAGAAUGUAGGGAAAAAAAUUUAAUUUAGAAAGGAACUCAAAAGGUUGAAACCUGAAAAAAGGAAAAACAAUGAUCGAUAUCAUUUUCUCGUAAUUCUCAUCUUUUGAACAAAUAUUACCCUUUUCUAUUCCAUUUUUCUUCUUUCUUUUUUCUUUCUUCUUUUUUUACUUUAAAAAUGUUAUGCUUUUCUCUAUAGCUUCUUGUGAUCCUCUCGUUUCUUGUACAUGUUAAAAGUAUACAAUUAACUUUAUGUUUUAAAACGUAACUUUAUAUUCUACGUAUCAUGUACAUAAAUAUAAUAGUGAUAGUGAAUCAUUUUACGAAUCAUCUUGCGAAUGACACAUUAUUUCGAAAAACGAAUAAAUAAGAAGAUUGAUAUUCUUCUCGUAUGUUAUCGUCGUUUUAGAUUCUGAUGACGGUCUGUAUUGGGCGCAUGUAUAAAUUAAAACAAUAUAAGAAAAAAAAGUGAAAAAUGUUAUUAUUAAUAUAGGAUUUGUGAAAAAAGUUGGGCCGUUGGGUAACCUGGACCAGAUAUCGAAUGCGAGUUUUCCGCAUUCUGGGUUACUGCUGCUAAUCAUUAACCUGCUUAAACUCUUUAGACAAUUUUUUUACGAAUGUCUACUUGUAUGAAAUGAAUGUGCUCCCAUAAUAAAAUGCUAUACUUUUUUGACUCAAAUAAAUCAAUUUAAAAGAAAUCUAAACAUAAUAAACAUGAUAAGAAAACGUGGAAAAAAUAUUUAUCUCUUGGAGGAUGGUGAGGUAAGAUUGCUUCAUGUUGUUAUAUAGUAUAAGCGACAAGCAAUUGAAAUUAGGUGGAAGAGAAUCAUAGUUCCGCGACUUUCUUAUCUUAUUCAUUUUCAAAAUUUCGAUGAGUAGUCAUCGUAAUUUGAAGAGGCAAAACGAGUAUGUCCAUAUUCAAGGCGAUUUUCUAUUCACGAACUAGUCGCAAAAUCUCGAAACACUAUUCUUAUUAUUAGUCGAUAGUAGUAUUCCAUUCAAGUAAAUUUUACUUCUUAUUUUUUACUUCUUUUGAGUGUAUUGUAAAAUAUCGAGUCACAAUAACACAUGGCUAACAUGUCCAACCAAAAACAGGAUGUGAAGUCUCUUGUUACGUGAGAGUAAAUAGAUUCUUGAAUUUCUAACUACGAAAUCUGAAGCUCUCAGAUACGAGCACCAAACGACGUCACUCCUUUUCACGGAUAGUUUCAAAAUUUUUUGUAUUAUUUCUUUUAUGAUUAACAAUGCACGAUUUCGUCAACAUAUCCUCUUUCAAAAAACUUCAAAGAUUACCUUUUCGGUUAUUGUAAAGUGCAAUUAAAGGAGUAAGAAAACAAACACGGAAAGUGCUUUAUUUAACAUUUGUUUCUAAAAUUGCCAAACGAACUGAAUAGAUCAAAUGAAAGCGCUAUAAAACAAGUGCGUAAAAGUGACUUUAAAACAUGGUAUUUUUAUUGAUGUACAUACUCCCAAUGCGUCGACCAUUGUAGCAGUCGAUUCGCAUUAAAUCAUCUGCGCACGAUUCGUCCUUGUCGUUGAAAUUUUUCUCUCUCUCUCUCUCUCUCUCUCUCAUAUAUAUUUUUUUUAGAAAAUCUCAUAGGCAAUAUUUUUUUUAUGAGCCGUAUUAUAUAAACAAAUAUUUUUCUCGUAUUGAACGAGAAUGAUGUUCAUUAACUAAGAAAAUGGCAACUUUGUAAAGUUUUGCAAAAUCGCAACAGAAACGUAUGGUUUGAUACAUAUAUAUUUAAAGUCAAAUACUUAAAAUGUUAUUGUAAAAUGUAAAUAUAGUUGGAGUAUUCUAAAAAUGGAAAAAAACAAUUAUAAAACGCAGAUACCUCGACAAUUUCAUUAUCACUAACAGAUUUGCAUUUAGAUUUUGUUUUCGAAGAAUGUUCGUAUCGACAUGUCAUGAUACCCUUGUCAACUUAGAAUAAUAAAAAAGAAGUGCUUAAGUUUAAUGAUAAAAACGAAGUUAGAAUACAUUCUAUUAUCAAAAGUUUGAAAAAGAUUCCGGUUGUCGUAGCAUCGAUAAUCUUUACAAAAAAUGUUCAAUUAGGCAAACGAGCGGAGAAUUAACUAAGAUAAUUACCCUUGCAUCGCGUCCGAUAAAUUUUUAAGAGCAAAAACGAAACGGCCACGCGAGUUUUCUCUUUCCGUUUUUGUAUUUCUUUUGUUAGCUUUUUCUUUUCUUCUCAUAUUUUUUUUUGUCUAUGCAAUUAAUUACAUUCGUUUAUAUAGCCUGUCAUACGAUAAAUUAUCUGUUUAUUUUCUCUACAAUAAUCUUCGAAGUUUAUUUUAUAUAGCUUUAUUAAUUCCAUUCAAUUGGUUUAUCAGCUUAUUUUUCAUUAUUUCAGAGUUGAUUUGUUUCUUAUCCAUUUCAUUAUUUCUAUUACUUAUUAUUUUUAUUGUUUUUUCAUUUCACUAUUGAUGUAUUUAGAUAAAAUAUUACAACUAUCGUUUCUUGUUCUUUUCUUCUAUUAUUUUUUGAAAGGAUCAUGUAAAGGUAGAAACACGAUUUUCCUCGAAUUGUUUACGGUUUAUUCAAUAUUGAAAAUGUAAUAACAGUAUUCAAGAUCGUAUACAGAAUCAUAAGCAAGAUUGAUAGGCCAUCAUCUUCGUAAUAUACAUAAGGAGUUCGCAUAGAAGAUAGAAAAAACGAUUUCUAAAUCGCUGAAAUGAGAUCGAGUUUGACUAUUCUGUUUCCCUAUGUGAAUCCUCGUAGACACAAACGAAUGUACAGACGUACAUGUGCAAUCUUUAAUGCGUAAUUGAGAUAAGUGAAAAUACCCACAGAAGAGAAGAAAAAAAAAAGAAAAACGCUUUAUCGUUGUCCUUGCUUGCGAACGCAACCAUUAGGAAAAAAGAACGAGAAUGAUGCAUUGCAAAAGUGUGAUUAUUGUCGGAAGUUCGAGUACGAUAAAGCCCGCAGCCUUUCAGAGAACACGCAAAAUAUCGAAAGUAUGAUUAUGCGUAUGAAAAAAAAGCUGGGGAGAAAGAGAGAGAGAGAGAGAGAGAGAGAGAGAGAGAGAGAGAGAGAGAGAGAGAGAGAGAGA